AUGUGGCUGGACCGCUUAACUGCUGGUGCUGCAACACCCAGCGCCUCUCGUGAAUCGCUCGUCCCGACGAGGCCAUACUCUCCCUCCCCUCGCAAAACCUCACAGCUUGGUCAGGCCCAACGCACUCUCUCAGGCCUUGGUCUAUCUGCAACUAGAUCCUCGACCUCCAUUGAUCUUAGUGCGAACACUUCUACCACAUCGCUCACAGCCCCGGCGAGACAACCCAAUGGAUCCUCCCUCAGAUUCGAGCAGAGACCCCCACCCGAUGUCGCAGACCCCGUGAAUGUCAUAAAUAGUAUACUGGGAAACUCGAAACAUGGAACAACACCUGAUGGUGGGUCCAGGAAGCGAGACGGAGAAACGAGUAAAGAGAUUGACUUUGGGGGUUUGAGCCUUGAAGAGUUCGUUGUCCAAGAUAUACCGCUGCGACCUGCUGGCGACGGUUCUGCGGUUGCGAUAUCAACAAAAGAGAACAGACGGAAAUUCGAGGAAUUUCACAAGUCAAUUGCAGAAUGCGACCAAAUUCUUACCAACGUCGAAUCUUACCUGACCAAUUUCAAGGCCGAACUUGGUCAGGUCUCUGCGGAAAUCGAGAACUUACAGGCUCGCUCUACGCAGCUCAACGCUAAACUCGACAACCGUCGUAAUGUCGAGAAGCUCCUGGGCCCUGCGGUUGAAGAAAUCAGCCUUUCUCCUUUCACAGUGAAGUCCAUCGCAGAAGGCCCCAUGGACGAGACAUUUGUCAAGGCUCUGAAGGAAGUGGAAGCCAGGUCACUCAUAAUAGAUGCCAAAGAAGGAAAGUCGGAGCAGGUCAAGGCGUUGCAGGACCUGAAGCCUCUGCUCGAAGACCUCAAGGCCAAAGCGAUUGAGCGCAUACGUGACUACAUCGUGGCUCAGAUCAAAGCGCUUCGUUCACCAAACAUCAAUGCCCAAGUGAUCCAACAGCAGACUUUCCUGAGAUAUAAAGACCUUUACGCCUUUCUGGCUAGAAAUCAUGCGGUGUUGGCCGAGGAAAUUGGGCAAGCAUAUGUCAACACGAUGCGGUGGUACUACAGCAGCCACUUUUCCCGGUACCAGCAAGCUCUUGACGCUCUACAAAUCCACGCCUUUGAUCAACAUGACCUGCUCGGCUCAGAACCGGCCCCAGCAACAAGACGGAAUGUCCUGGGCUCAUCCAAACCCCCUCCUCCACCGCACGAUGCCUUCAGCCUGGGGCGAAGGGAAGACCUUCUUAAAUCGAAGAACGACACAGCCCUGCCAGCCUACCUCGCGGAAGAAAGCAAGUCAGCACAUUAUUACCUAGAAGUCCCCUUCCGGAAUUUCAACCAAGCACUCAUUGACAACGUCUCGGCCGAAUAUUCGGUGAUCACCGAACUGUUUUCCACCAGUACGUAUCAUCAAAUCUCGCGCCGGGUAGGUGAGAUCUUCGAGCCGACGUUCGCCAUGGGUCACAAUCUGACCAAGUCGCUCGUUGAAAACACCAACGACUGCUUGGGCGUCUUACUCUGCGUGCGUCUCAACCAGCAUUUCGCAUUCGAGCUGCAGCGGCGCAAAGUCCCCGUGGCGGACUCAUAUAUCAACUACACAAACAUCCUCCUGUGGCCGCGCUUUCAGAUCGUCAUGGACGCGCAUUGCGAAUCUCUAAAAAAGGUCCCCGCUCCAACGACCGGUAGUCGGGGCGCCGCGGCUGCAGCUGCGUUUUCCCUCGUUGGCGGAGGAGGAUCGCCGUCAGAUGCCUUAAGGGCCUCCUCGGUCGCACCGCACGCCAUCACACAGCGCUUUGGCCAAUUCUUGCAGGGGAUUCUCCUGCUCAGCGCCGAGGCCGGCGAUGACGAGGGCCCCGUCUCGAACAGCCUGGCGCGGCUGAGGACCGAGUACGAGUCUCUGAUGGGCAAACUGGCCAAGGGGGCCGGCGACGCGAGUAAAAGGAACAAGUUCCUAUACAACAACUAUAGUUUGGUCUUGACCAUCGUCAGCGACACGAGGGGCAAGCUGGCGGAGGAGCAAAAGGAGCAUUUUGGCGGUCUGGUCCGGGAGAUGAAGAAGUAG